CGGUGCCAGGCGCGUCUCGUGUGUCCGUCCGUCCAAGAGAUGUGUGCGUUCGGCUCCUUGUCCGCGCAAAUGUGCCGCCGGAUUUGCGGUUAGAGUAGCGCGGCGCGCGCCUUUUUGCCAAAAACACCAUAGCUCGAUUCAUGUGCACUCGAGGUUUCUCUUCCGCAUAUUUGCGCCAACUUGUCGUUGCAUAAUAAUCGAACUGCAGUGCGGAAGGAGGCUGUGUACAGUAGCUCGCGAACACGCGGAGCCUUAUUCUCCGCACAGAGAACCAAGUCACUUGGUUCGUAAGCAGUCAUGACUAAGGGUAAACUAGUCGCUCGCUCCAUCAACAACAUGAGGUCGGAAGGGAUGACUCUCAAAAUGGAAUGCGUGGACGAGCCCCUAAGCUCGUGUCAAAAGGCAGCUAGGAUCAAACUCAAAGAGGAAUGUGAUAAGGUUACCAAAAUGCUGGAAUCCCUUGUGAAAGAGCAUGGAGGAAAAUUAAUAUGCCAAGCUGGUGUUGUCAACGCCUAUCAAUACCAACUGCCUAGUAGUGCUCCUCCCACAUCAGCUGUGGUCAAACCAAAUUCUCAAGCUCAAGUUAUCGGAGUUAAUCAAAGUGGCAACACAAAUAAUCAAACAAUAAAGUUGAAUAUGCUAAAUAGUACAACCCCUCAAGGAAAUAUUCAGCUCGUUAUGGAUCCACGCAUGGGUGUCAUUCUUGGAACUGUUGCUCCACAGCAAGGUGGGGUUGCUGCACCAGCAUCUAUGAUUUCAAAAAUUACCAAUACAACAGCCACAACGAUGAGCACUAUGACAACCUCUUCACCUGCAGUUGCUCCAAUCACUCCAGUACCUCAACAACCUUCAAUUGACAACUCCAAUACGUAUAAACUUACGAGAUCGGGACGCAAAACGAAAGUUCUUCAAAUACAACAGCCAGACAUAAUAGAAGAAGUACCUCCCCCAGCUCCUCAACCUAUAAAAAGAACGCCAAAGCCUACCGGAGCCACUCACGUGGUUCAACCAACUUCGACUACACCGCAAGGUGUUACGAAUCUCAGAAUAAAAACUCUACCCAAACAAAAUGCACAGGGUCAUGUUUUGGGUAGACCAUCGGAGCAAACGAGUAUAGGGGGUAUAGUUAUUGGUAACAAAAUAGCAGCUGGAGAAAUAAUUGACGAGACAAAAAAAAGCCUUCCGGAUGGAAGAGAAGUCACUUUUAAUAAAAUGAACGGUGGUCGAACAUAUCCGUCCCUAGUCGUAGUUGCUAGACCGAAUCUCAAAACUAAAAACAUCACUACACAAGUGGUUCAAAAGGAGCGAGCAGAAUUAGAUAUUAAGGUAAAGGGCGUGCUGAUGUACGCAGCAACCAAGUUCACGGAAUGGCUAAUUCAGCAAGGCCUUGUACGAGCUGAGCAGUAUUGCGAUAAGCAUCCGGGUCAGAAACUCAAACUCGGCAUGUACAGCGAUGCAGGUACUUUUCCCUGCUCUGGUGGUUACGUAUGGAUCUCCUCUUGCUGUCCCGAGCGCUUUGUCUCCGUUUUCUCAGGGUCAAUAUUCCAAAGCGCGCCUCACUCGCCUACUAUUUUACUGAAGCUCAUCUACCACUGGUCCUGCCAGACAAAUGUGCAGAACGUCAUAUCAUGGGUAAAGGUGACAAAUUAUUAUGUGAAGACUUUCUACGCGAUGCUUAGAAGCGUCUGCACUGCAGCUAUUUCUGAGAAAUGUAAGAAAAUGGGUGGAAAGAACUCGAUGAUACAAGUUGGAGUUAUCAGUUUGGGUACUACCUCGCAAGAUGGACACUUGAGACAGGUCAAAGUAGAAGUUUUGGGUAUUCUCGACCCAGAAACUUUAGAACUUAGGUUACGAGCCUGCGAGCCAGUUCAAGACGGCGACAGAUCCUAUAAGCGACGAUUCAAUAACAUUUUACAUCCAUUGGCGGAUUGGGUACACAAGGACUCGAAGAUCCUGACGGAUUUCACAGUAGACAAGGGCACCUUAUUUGAGAUGGGUUUCCACAACGUAACGCAGUCAGCCUUUAGCGAUCAGAAUCCGCGAAAUCUGACCAGCAACUUUCACAUUAUGGAGUACCUGAGAAAGAUCGUGCCCCGGAUGUUCCAGAAUACUUUGAGUUUGCUUAGUCGACCUAUGAUUCAACAGUUUUUGGACGAGCUUGUAUGGCGAGAGAUGUUUGGAACAACUGCUUUGAGGGCAUUUGAGAAUAUUAUUACCCAUAUUUCUGAACAAACCAAAUAUGAUCCUGACAACAAUUUCCUGGAGCGUUUGACGAAAAUUGCCGCUAAUCCUUUCGCCGACUGGUCGUACCUACAUGUCAGCGCGUCUUCGGGCAGCGUCCCAGCUCCGGUUGCGCAUCCGGUAGCUCCAAUGGUGUCAAUACCAAAGGAUCCAGCUAUUCAGUCUAGUAUCGAAGGACCGAUAGUGGACUUAGAAGCGACACAACGUCCAGGUCCGAAACGCAAUCGUAAAAGACCCAUAUCUGCGGUGAGUCCCGAGACCGUCGACAGGACCAUGUCGACACCUGAACCCAAGAUUCCGCGAGAUUCACGCCCUGAGCACGUACCAUUGCAAGAAUUUUACUAUGCCACAAUGCAACCGGAUAAAUUGUCAGCUAAUGGAAAGGAAAACAAGAUUACGUUUACUUUUAAGUGUUUCUUAUGUACGACGGUAAUGCACUCCAACACGGAAAUCAUGGAGCACAUGGUCAGUCACGUACCGCCUCUAGUGCCAGGUCAGUCGGAUUCGCCCGUCUGCCGUUACUGCUGUACUGCUUUCUCUUCAAAGCACCAGAUGAACGUUCACGUUACCGAGGCUCAUAGCAAGUUCGGUAACUCAGAUAGUGACAUGCUCGUGUGCGCAAUUUGUGAGCAAAAGUUCGGUAGCAACGGUCUCUUGAUAAACCAUUUGUCGACGAUGCACUACCCCUCGGAGAUGCCGUACCGUUGCGAAAGCUGCGGUUAUCGUACGUCAAGCCAUAAGGACGUAAUUGACCAUUACUACACUUGCCACGAAAAGAGCGACGGUCUGCAAUGUCCCUACUGCCUUAAAGUCAUUCAGUUUGUGACGGGGGUAAAUGGCCAGCCGAGCUCUUCGAGCAUACACGCUUACCUCAUGCACAUGCAGCGGCACAUCGUUCGCCGCGAAGAAAAGCUUAACAAGUGCCCGAGAUGCUGCCUUUGGUUCAAUCAGAUGAGCUCGCUGAAGUCGCAUGUCGAACUUCAUACUCAAGCUCUAGGGCCAGGAGUUGUCCCUUACACUGGAAACGACAGUACUGUAACAGUUGCCAGGUCACGCAAUGCAGUGAAACGUUAUAUAUUUGACGAUUACGCGCAUGAGAUAACGCCUACUGAGAGGGUAAAAAGGUGGAUGACCGGUCCUAUCAGACUUCACGUACCCACAGGGAGAAGUUGUCAAGAGUGCGAGGAAGACUUGGAUAUGAGAGAUCAUUAUCCUGGUGAGCUCAAGUGCCAGAAAUGUCGUUACGUUACCUGUUGCUGGCGUGCCUAUAAAGAGCAUCAGCGACAAAUCCAUAACGAAAGACCGAUGACUAGUGUCAUCGUACCUUCACCUCUGGUUAAUAUACCUCUAGAAAAGGAAAUGCAGUGUACCUGUGGAUUCUCUACUGCCGACGGAAAUGCGCUAGCUACACAUCUUGUGAAAUGUAGAAAGCGUACAGCUUUUCCUGCAGAAGAAACUCGACCAGGAAUGUUAGAUAGUUUGGGCCUCGUUCCGAAACCAACAUUAGAGGAUGAAAAAGAUAACUCAGAUGAACGUUCAAACUCAAUUUCUAUUACAAAAACCUCAAGACUCUCUCACGUAGUUAACAACAGGGAAGGCGAAAAGACAUCAAGGAACAAAUAACGUAAAAUGGAUAAUAAAAUACUCUUAUAAUAUAUUUAAGGAAACAAAGCAUCCAGCUUUUAAGAUAGAAGCUUGUCUCGAGCAAUGAGGCUGCUAGUGAGAAAACAUGCAUUUUAGGCAUGUGAGAAUUUCAAACGUAUGUGUUUUGUUUACGUGUAUAAGUAAAAGAGAACGUUUUUUAUAAAGAACCGAUAUAAGACAAAAGAAAAUAUCUUUUCUUCACAAAUUCAUUGGCAAUAACAUGCCUGCGGUAUUGAUAUUAAUAAUAAGAAAAUUGCAAAUCAAAUCAAAGAAAAAGUGUCAACUUUGUAUUCGUCGCUGAUCUUUACUCAAAAAGUUUUAUAUAUAUAUAUAUAUAUAAUAUAUAAAAAGUAUACAAUUGUACGUAGCAACUAUUUUAUUACAAGUGUGAUUCGAUCCUUUUAGACUUAAUUUAAAAUUUCAAUUGGAAUUUUUCGAGACAAAAUCAUUGUGAAAACAAAUUUGAA